AUGGAGUUUGAAUCUAUAGAUUCUGUGUUACAAGUUGAUAAUGCUGUGCAAUAUCCAUCAGAGUUCCUAAACACGCUCAAUCCUCCAGGUUUCCCGGCACAUAGAGUUAUUCUAAAGAUAAUGUUGUUACAAAAUCUCAAUCCUCCUAAACUGUGCAACGGUACGAGACUACGUGUGAACGCUCUUCAGAAAAACAUAAUCGAAGCUACAAUUAUAACGGGAUGUGCCAGAGGGGAAUCACUAAUUUCGUUAGUUCUUUCUGUAACACUACAUACAGCACAAUGUGGCGAUCUUACUUCUCUAUUGCCUCCACCUUCAUCCGCUGCCUACGGAACUGGCUACGGAAGUGGUUUAUCUGACAUAUCCGUAGCCGGUGGACAUGGAAAUUUACAUCUAGGUAUUUCAGCUGGUAUAUCGAAUGGAAGAGAAUUGGGUGGAGGACUAGCUUUUGGAAGUGAUGCGGGAUUUGGAAACGGUCAAGGAUUUGGAAGUGGUCGAGGAUUUGACAGCGGCCCAGCAUUUGGCAUUGGUCCAGGACUUGGUAGUGGUCCAGGAUUGGGUAGUGGUCCAGGAUUAGGCAGCGGUCCAGCAUUUGGCAUUGGUCCAGGACUUGGUAGUGGUCCAGGAUUAGGCGGCGGACCAGCAUUAAUCAGUGGUCCAGGACUUGGUAGUGGUCCAGGAAUUAUUGGUGGUCCCGGAUUUGCUGGUGGUUCAGGAAUCAUUGGUGGUCCGGGAAUAGGAUUAGGGCCAACAAUUGGUAGAGGACCAGGAUUUAAUGGAGGUGCUGGUGUGGCUAAUGGAGGACCAACAGUAUACAGAGGUACAACAUAUUCACAACAAACGCAACAGGUCAGGAUCCCAGUACCGCAGCCUGUACCGAUACCAGUGAAUCGUCCAGUCCCUGUACCAGUCCCAGUACCCAGGCCUGUACCAGUACCUCGACCUGUACGAGUAGAAGUCCCCCAUCCAGUAAAAGUUGUAGUACCUAGACCGGUCCCUGUAACAGUAACCAAACCCUACCCAGUACCAGUCAAAGUCAAGGAAUUUGUGAAAAUACCUACACCAGUACAUGUAUCAGUACCUAAACCGUAUCCAGUAGUGGUGAAAAAACCUUAUCCAGUUCCAGUGCCUACAAAAGUUCUUGUCAAAGUUCCAGUUCCUAUAAGAUCAAAUACAGAUGCUUCAAUAGGUUUUAGUGCAGGUCCUGUCGGAUUUGGAGGAAAUAUAGUUGGUGGAAACGGAGGUUUAUUAUACGAUGCAGGUUAUGCAGGAUUCGGUUCAAGCUCUGGUUUUCAAGGGUCUGGUGGAUAUGGUGGAGGACAUUUAGGAAGCUUCGAAGUUGGUGGCCCGUCAAGUGGAUACUCUCUAGGAGGAAGUACUUAUUCUUCGGGAGGGUACGCUUCUGGGUAUGAUCACUCUCAUUAUAAUCCCCAUGGCGACGAGGGUUAUAAAUAUUAA